CGUAAACCAUUUAAUUAAUCCUUGAUUGGCAAAAGCAGUUGGAAAACAAUUUAAAGCGUUGGCUGAGAAAAGUAAUGGAGAAAACUCCAGUUGAUGAUGAGUACCUGAAGGAAAUUGAUAAGGCUAGACGUGAACUUCGGGCUCUUAUCUACAACGAAAGAUGUGCUUCUCUCAUGCUUCGAUUAGCGUGGCAAGAUGCUUGUACCUACGAUCCCGAGAGCAAAAUAAAAGGAGGUCCGAACGGUUCUAUCAAGAGUGAUCAAGAGUUGGGUCGCCAGGAAAACGGGGGAUUGAGCAAAGCAGUUAAAUUAUGUGAGGAAGUGAAGGCCAAACUUAAGAAAGUCUCGUACGCUGACCUUUAUCAGCUAGCUGGUGUUGUUGCAGUAGAGGUCACUGGGGGUCCCACUAUUCACUUUCUUCCCGGUAGAGAGGAUUCACUUGAGCCUCCACAGGAAGGACGCCAUCCACAUCCCGAAGAAAAAAGUGCAUCGCAUUUAAGAGAUAUCUUUACUACUCGUAUGGGUCUAACUGAUCAAGACAUUGUAGCUUUAUUUGGGAGCCACACUUUGGGCAAGGAUGAUCAUUUUGGCAAAGGAAAAUGGAUAGGAAAUCUUAAGAAGUUUGAUAACUCCUAUUUCGUGGAAUUAUUGAAAAAGGAUGCAUCCUUGUUAAAGGUUUUUCCCGCAGACAUUGCCCUGGUAGAAGAUAAAAAGUUCCGCAAUUAUGUUGAAAUGUAUGCCAAGGAUGAGGAUGUUUUUUUCAAAGAUUAUGCAGCUGCACAUAAGAAAUUCUGUGAGCUAGGCUGCAAUCUUGAUACUUCCAUUAUUCCGAAGGUGCCACCUGAGAAGUUAAAGCUAAUUAUGCCGAAGGUCAAGGGAGUUAUAGGAAUUGUUAUAGUCUCAACUGCGACAUUAGGCUACUUACGAAGGAGAAAAAAUAAUCAACUGAAGAAAUAAUUACUUACAUAAUAAUUAGAGAAAAAUAACUGAUUGAAGAGAUAAUUAAUGUUCAAAUCUCCAAAAUAGGCUCGUUAUCUUCUUUCUUCUUAAAAAAAAAAGGAUUAUGUAUAAUCUGUGAACUUCGAAUUCUUCAGAUACAACUUGAAUAUAAUGUAGAUU